AUGCCAUCAAUUUCCUUCCUGAAGAGCCCCAAAAGGGAGAGCCAAUCGAUUGCUAGAAAUGGACCCGGCAGUCUCGACCAUGACAGCACAGAGAAGGCACCAGGGAGGCACUCAAAACGUGGUUACUUCCGCAGCCUGAUUAAGAAAAAGAAACCCAAUCCCAACGGGUCAGAGUUGCUGGCAUCACCAGAGGCCCCUCCCAUCUUAAUGUCUACGAACAAGCCCUUGCCCCGCCGUCCCACAGCUGGCACAUCGCAAUCCGACUCCCCUCCCAACCCUACGAAGAAACUCGAAAGGAUCAUCUCUCCCAUUGCCCUCGAUGAUCUCUACAAACUGUUCUCGGGUGCCCCUCAGUUCUUUGUCCGCUCCGAAGGUCACCAUACAGGAGCUCCGCAUCCGUCAGUUGCGUUUCCUUGGGAUGUGAGCUUACAAAUACGAGACUUGUGCGACCAUGUCCACAUCCGGGAUGAGGCCUGGGGAUGUGUUACGGCCUGGCGGCACAUAACGUUACAGGCAAGCCAGAACCCGGAUGCUGCAAAAGAACCCCAUAAAAAUCAAAGGGCAUGUUUCGUUCCUCGAUGUAGAGAACGGCCAAAUAUGCUCAGUAUGCAGGGCAUCGAGAGAGGAACAAUCGGAUACGAAGCUGCUUUGGAAAUGGGAGUUGCGGAUGCCUCGCAAGAAGAAGUAUCAGAUGAAACCCCAGAAUCCAUUUCGGAACGUAGAAGGAAGCUCCUCAUUGACAAGGACGGCUUAAGACCACUUACAGAUUCAAUUCUCAUAGAUCGACUAAUGAGUGUCAGCGAUACUUACUACAAAGAUUCUAACAAACACCGGCUUACGGUUGAGCUGUACAGUGAACUUUUUACCCAGUUUCUAUACCCACCCACGAGAGUCACCGAUUCUCAGGAUCCUUACAGUCUCCAAGUGCAAAUUGAGGCUCUCAUUAAUGUGUUAGCUGUUCCGCACGUAUGGGUAAACUUUAGUUUGGUGGAAUGGAGGAUUCGACUCGGCCAGAUUCUCUGGGGCUUCUCCCCUGGGCCGGAUGUACUAGACGAGGUUACUGUCAAUAAUGAGCAUACAUACGAACCUGAUACUGAAAAGUACUGGCUCCUGCUUCAAAUAUUAUUGUCUUGCGAGCUCUUGCUCCGACUUGACGCUAUAUCCAAGAACAUCGAUGACGGCUUAGAAGAACCAAAGCCACCUGAAAUUCUUCGCUUCGAGAAGGAGGCAAAAACGAGCGUGAAAUGGUCGCUCAUUCUAGCACGCCAGUGGCUUGAAAAUAUAAAGAUCGUAAAGAUGGAUCAAGAGGUAGCAAUCCCCACCAAAGCAGCCCCGGGGUGGCUUGCUACAUUGACAGGCACUUACGAUGAGACCACGCCAUUUGAACGCAUUGAUGUCAUCAAAUUCCACGGACGGAAUCAGACCCGCCAACUCUAUGGGCUUCUUCAUUUUGCCCGCAUCUUGAAAUGGCCCAAUCUGGCAGCAAUUACCGCCAAAGUAUCAUCGAACGGAAUCAAUAUAUCUGAUAAUUCUGAGACUACAUCAGCAGCUGGAACACCUUUGUCAUUGUCUACUCAACGCUCCUCGUCCUAUUUUCCAAGACAAAGACCCGGUGCACAUCGAAGACUUUCAACCCAAAAGAUCAAAUCUGCCAUUAUUCAUCCUGCAGGUUGGCUUUCUAACUCUUACCUCAGUGGCUUAGUCUUGCCGGGCGAAGGAUUAAGUCACUUCCUAAUAUCAACAUUACUGGAGCACGACGAAGCGGCUGUAGACAAGCUUGGUGACGAAGCGAAUUUAUAUGGUGGGUUCGUCUAUGCUGGAAGAAGCUUUUGGUCGACGGCGUGUAUUAUCGGUCGUGUGCUAGCUGCUGGCAAGGGGGCAUCAGAAUGUAUGGGUUGGGUAUCGUCUGAUGUUAUCCCAGAAGGCAGCGAUGGCGACCGUUGGGUGGACAUCGAGGUUGACACUUCUUUGCAAGAUGACUUAGAUAAGCAGACAAGAAAACCCCGCAUCUGGUGCAAAAAAGAAAUCGAGGCACACGGGAAUUUAAUUGGAGGAGCUGAUGCAUCGUCUGUUCUUCCAGGAGACUUCGUUUUCCCAUCUGAUGAAUCGCUUCAACAACCCCUGGCUGUCAAUCUUGAAUGCCUUCAUUUAAUCCCAAUAGUCGACUCUGUCCGGACAUCAACAGAUGAAACACCAACCCCAAUGACUGGAAACACAUAUUCUCCCAGAAUCGAAACAUAUUCAGCCAUGAUCAACUUCAUCAUUGAAGUUGAUGGAGAGAAGAAAGAUGUCAACCUGACUCUCAUUCAUGACGCCUGCUUUGUCACCGCACAUCCGUGUAUUCCUUCUACCAAAAUAGAUUUAUUGAAAUCUCCGACCACUCCAUCACGUAAUAAUUCUUAUGAGAGCUCAGCAGGAUAUCCGGAGUCUCCAUCUUUGAGUGCUGGUCAUCCUCUUCACAAGGCCUUCACUUACACUCGCAUCCCGAUCCUCGACAUUCUGAAUAUGUCUUCAUCACUUCCGUUCUCGUCACUUCUCUCACCCCCCCAAUCACCAGAUCCCGGUUACUCCAGUGCACAUACAACCUCUAGCACAAUACCCAAAGUUUUGGUCGUAGACUGUACUGAUUCGACGACUAUUAACUUCCCAACACGUUCGAUUACUUCGCCAGAAAUUCAUCAUGAUCAUAAUCAUGGCAGCGACUUGGAGAUAUUAGCUCGAGCUCUAUGCGCAGAAAGGGGAUGGAAUGCGCUCAUUAGCCGACGAGGACGAGGAUGUGUUGCUUGUUCGGUGAGGGAGGCAGGUGCUCUUGGAUUCAGGGUUGUGCUCAGGUUGGCGUAA